GUUCAUGCUGCGACUAACAUGAGGGCUGAACAGGGGAGCUCUGAAAUCAAUCGGACUCUCAACUGGGACACAAUAUCAUGCCGUUCUAUGGCGCCUCCGCACUUCUGCCACAAAGUAUUAUCGGCUAACUACAAACUCAUACUAGCACAUCGUCCCCCUCCACCAUCUACAAACAACCUCCCAUACCUCAUCAAUCAAUCAAAGAAAAAGGAACAAAAAAAAUUAGAGAAAAAAAAAUUAAAGCCACACUACCAAUUAACCUAAGCAAUGUCCACAAAAACCCUUUCCUACGGAGACCACAUCCUCCAAACCAUAACCGUCCACCAACUUCCCCAAGCCCACAAAGACGCCCACUGGGUGGUCCUCAUCCACGGCGGCGCCUGGCGCGAUCCAACCCAAUCCGCUACAGGCUAUCUCGCCCCCGCCCUCGGAGCCCUGACGGCUUCCUCCAGCUACACAUCCGAAACCCUCCCCUAUAUCGCCGGCCUCGCCUCCAUCGAGUACCGCCUCAGUCCGCACCCGAGCCAUCCCCAAGACCCCUCCACGAUCCCUCCCCGGGAAUACCGCUCCGCGAAACACCCGGAACCUGUCCGCGACGUCCAGGCCGCUCUGGCCCUCUUGCAGCGAAAGUACGGGUUCGGGAGCCGCUACGUCUUAGCUGGCCAUAGCUGCGGUGCGACGCUGGCGUUUCAGGUUGUUAUGGGGUCUUUUAGGAACGGCGCUGAGGCAGAAUAUGUGUGCCCUGAGGCGAUACUGGGCAUGGCGGGGAUCUAUAAUCUCCGGUUACUGAGAGAUACCCAUGUGGAUGUCUCGGCCUAUCAGAUGUUCAUUGAGGGGGCGUUUGGGCCAGAUGAGGCUGUUUGGGAUGCGGCGUCGCCGGUGGUCGUGGAGGGUGCGGGGGGUGUUCGAGGGGGCUGGCGAUCGGGCCGUUUGGCUGUGUUGGCGCAUUCGGAGGGUGAUUCCUUGGUUGAUAUAGCACAGAGAGAUGCCAUGGCCGAGUCUCUAGCGUCGUGGGCGGAUGAUGGUGGUAGGACUAGGUGGGUGCACAGACUCCCUAUACUGGGGGAACAUGACGAAGCAUGGGAGAAGGGAGACGAACUGGCGAGUGCCAUUGCUUUCACCGUGGCGAAACUUCACACCGUAGACUCCUAAGCGAGCAGCGGUAAUCUAUCAUUGAACGGGCCUGUCCGCGCAUACGAAUAACGAGACGACAGGAUUACAUAGCGCAUAUUGAGUACAUACAAUAAGAACUGCACAUUCUCA